AUAAAACCAACUAUUUUAGUUAAUUAAUGCAUAGACACUACCCGUGAAGUUUAUUUAUGAAAGAAAGACAAUGUUUAUGUGAAUCCCAUAACAGUGCUUACCUAUUCUGCAUAUUAUAAAUUGAAUACUACUUCUUCAAAAUAGGAAAAAUGGCACAAAUGAAACAACAGCUACCACUUCAAAGGCCAUUUUUACAUAGUCUUCGGAUAACUACGGCUGUUUCCAUGCUUGGUAAAGCAUAUGGAUGUGGACAAUGCAGCGCACCUCCACCUGGACCCACAACAAGUUCUUCUGUUGGGGCAACUGGAGCAACUGGAGCAACUGGGAGCAGUGUUGUAGCUCCUAGUUCUUUAGGACUUGUUUCCACACAACAAACACACACUCCUCCUCAACCUCCUGAACUGCCAAUGUUUUCAUGUCCACGAAGACCAAAUGUAGGACGUGAAGGCAGGCCAAUUGUUUUAAGAGCUAAUCACUUCCAAAUAACAAUGCCACGUGGUUUUGUACAUCAUUAUGAUAUUAAUAUUCAACCUGAUAAAUGUCCUCGUAAAGUUAAUAGGGAAAUAAUAGAAACAAUGGUUCAUGCAUAUAGUAAAAUAUUUGGGACUCUUAAGCCUGUAUUUGAUGGCAGAAAUAAUUUAUAUACAAGGGACCCCUUGCCUAUUGGUACUGAGAAAAUAGAAUUAGAGGUAACACUGCCUGGCGAGGGUAAAGACAGAGUUUUUAGAGUGGUGAUAAAGUGGCUGGCUCAAGUUUCAUUGUUUGCUUUAGAAGAAGCUUUAGAAGGACGUACAAGACAAAUUCCAUAUGAUGCUAUACUUGCUUUAGAUGUUGUGAUGAGGCAUUUACCAUCUAUGACAUAUACUCCAGUAGGUAGAUCAUUCUUUAGUACACCAGAUGGAUAUUAUCAUCCAUUAGGUGGUGGCAGGGAAGUUUGGUUUGGUUUUCAUCAAUCAGUUAGGCCAUCUCAAUGGAAAAUGAUGUUGAAUAUUGAUGUCUCUGCAACUGCAUUUUAUAAAGCACAACCUGUCAUAGAAUUUAUGUGUGAAGUAUUAGACAUCAGGGAUAUAGGUGAACAAAAGAGGCCCUUAACAGAUUCUCAACGAGUUAAAUUUACCAAAGAAAUCAAAGGACUUAAAAUUGAAAUCACACACUGUGGGACAAUGAGGCGAAAAUACAGAGUGUGUAAUGUUACGCGUAAACCUGCCCAAAUGCAGUCAUUCCCAUUACAAUUAGAAAAUGGACAAACAGUCGAAUGCACUGUUGCAAAAUAUUUCUUAGACAAGUAUAAAAUGAAAUUACGCCAUCCAUAUCUUCCAUGUCUUCAAGUUGGUCAAGAACAUAAACAUACAUAUUUACCACUUGAGGUCUGUAACAUUGUCGCUGGACAACGUUGUAUAAAAAAAUUAACCGAUAUGCAGACUUCUACUAUGAUAAAAGCUACAGCCCGAUCUGCUCCAGAUCGAGAACGAGAAAUAAAUAACUUAGUUAGAAGAGCUGACUUCAAUAAUGACUCAUAUGUACAAGAAUUUGGUUUGACAAUAUCAAACAACAUGAUGGAAGUUAGAGGUCGUGUUCUACCUCCACCCAAGUUACAGUAUGGAGGGCGCGUAAGUUCCCUCAGUGGACAGGCAAAGCAGCAAGCUGUACCUAAUGGUGGUGUUUGGGAUAUGCGUGGCAAACAAUUUUUCACGGGUGUGGAAAUUAGAGUAUGGGCAAUUGCCUGUUUUGCGCCACAAAGAACUGUACGUGAUGAUGCAAUACGUAAUUUUAUAGCACAAUUACAAAGAAUAAGCAAUGAUGCUGGGAUGCCAAUUAUUGGGCAACCAUGUUUUUGUAAAUAUGCUACUGGGCCAGAUCAAGUAGAGCCCAUGUUUAGAUAUUUAAAAGCAACAUUUUCGUCAUUGCAACUUGUUUGUGUUAUAUUACCUGGGAAAACACCUGUAUAUGCUGAGGUUAAAAGAGUAGGAGAUACAUUGUUGGGUAUGGCAACGCAAUGUGUACAAGCAAAAAAUGUUAAUAAAACGUCACCACAAACGUUGUCGAAUUUAUGUCUGAAAAUUAAUGUAAAAUUAGGUGGUAUUAAUAGUAUCUUAGUACCUACCAUUAGACCAAAAGUGUUUGAUGAACCUGUUAUAUUCUUUGGAGCUGAUGUGACUCACCCACCUGCUGGGGAUAACAAAAAACCUAGCAUAGCAGCAGUCGUGGCAAGUAUGGAUGCUCAUCCAUCUCGAUAUGCUGCUACUGUUAGAGUUCAACAACAUAGACAAGAAAUUAUUCAAGAACUUAGUUCAAUGGUGAGGGAACUGCUUCUUAUGUUCUACAAAAGCACUGGAGGGUAUAAACCACUAAGGAUAAUUCUUUAUCGCGAUGGUGUCUCAGAAGGCCAGUUUCUGCAUGUUCUGCAACACGAAUUAACUGCCAUUCGUGAAGCUUGUAUUAAACUUGAAGCUGAAUAUAGACCUGGAAUAACAUUUGUUGUAGUCCAGAAAAGGCAUCAUACUCGCUUGUUUUGUUCAGAAAAAAGAGAUCAAAGUGGUAAAAGUGGAAACAUACCAGCGGGUACGACAGUUGAUGUUUGUAUAACGCAUCCAACUGAAUUUGACUUUUAUUUAUGUAGUCAUCAAGGUAUUCAGGGCACAUCACGACCAUCACAUUAUCAUGUUUUGUGGGAUGAUAAUCGUUUUGAAAGUGAUGAAUUACAAUCUUUAACUUAUCAACUGUGUCACACAUAUGUUAGGUGUACAAGAUCUGUUAGCAUACCUGCACCAGCAUAUUAUGCUCAUCUUGUAGCAUUCCGAGCCAGAUAUCAUCUGGUAGAAAAAGAGCAUGAUAGUGGAGAAGGAUCUCAUCAAUCUGGCUGCAGUGAAGAUAGAACACCAGGUGCAAUGGCAAGAGCUAUCACAGUUCAUGCAAAUACAAAGCGGGUUAUGUACUUUGCAUAAUUUCUCUUUGAAUUUUUCUUACACACAUGCAACUAAAUCACAAAAUGAUAAUCAUCAUAUCUUGC